UUUUUCAAGUGAUUAACGCGCGCGAUGGAUUUCGAUGAUGUUGUUCUUGAUGACUACAACUUUGAAUCUCCAUCAGAGCCUGUAACGGAAACAAAAGAAGACACUACCACAAAUGAUUCAACACAAAAAGAGAAGAUAGUAAAAAAGAAGCUUGAUGACAACCUACUACUGUCAAGCGAAGGCAUACCAAGACUUAAAAAUGAAACUCCAUUUUUACGUUUUAAAGGAAAAGGAUUUGAAGAUCAAGAUUUGAAGAAAUUGUUGCGCUAUUAUCAGAUAUGGGCAAAUAAUUUAUACCCCAAGUUCAGAUUUACAGACUUUGCAAGAAAAGUAACCAAGGCGGCCUCAUCCAAGAAAGUAAAACAGACGAUUGCAGAAUGGCAAGAAGAAUACAGAGAAAAGACGAGGAUAAGGAUGGAAGUUGAAGCAGAAAUGCAUCGUUCAGAUAGUGAAAGUGAAGAAGAGAGAGUUGCAGAUUGGCAAGAGUUACAAAAGGAAAAGGAAAAGGAAAUACAACGAUCAGACAACGAAGAAGAAAGACAGAAUAUGCGUUCAUCAAAUAAUGAUGAAAAUGAAAGACGAGAGGUGAAUUUAUCUGAAGAGGAAGAAGACAGACAGGAAACACAUUCAUCUGAUGUAGAAGAAAGACAGCAAGUGAGUUCACCAAACGAUGAAGGAAAGAGAAAAUAUAUUGUAUUCUCAGAAAGCGAAGACGAAGAACAACCACUUUUUAUUAGUAGCAAUAAGCGACGCAGAACAGCAUUUGGAAAUGAAGAUGAAAAGGAAGAUGAGGAGGAUGUUGAUCAGUCAUUAGAAAAAGCCAAGAAAGCAUAUGAACAAUUAUUAAAGAACAAUCAUCUAGAAGAAGAAGAAGACCUUAAUGAUAUAUCUAUUCCAAUGAUAGAAGAUAUUCAACUAGAAAAUAUCGAAGAUAUAAUCUCACUAGACGCAUCUUGAACUUGUACAUUAUUUUUGAAGUAUUGUAUUACAUUGUAUAUAUUUAGCCUGAAAG